CAGAAGUAAAUAAACUGCGGCUGUGAGUUCAUGUGUCCGCUGGCUGCAGGAGGAGCAGAGAGGAAAAAGCGCAGGAAACAUGGAGACGGAGAACCGCGAGACGGGGAGAGCCGAGAAGAGCUCAGCAGGCAGCGGCCAACAGGAAUCAGCAGGAGGACUGUGGGAUUCUGUGAAGAAAGCUGCUUUUGUCAUCGGAUCUGGAAUCCUGUUCCUGGCUGCUUUUGGAAACUCACUGACGUGGCAUCUUCAGAGAUUCUGGGGAGCUUCAGGAGAUUUCUGGCAGAAGUUGUGGACGAAGGUUUACCUGCAGUUUGAAGGUCAUGAUGCUGCUUUGUUCUUCUUAGGAACCAUGCUGGCCCCGACCUUGGUGUUCUGGAUGCUGAACGGCCUGCUGCUGCUGGUGGACACGUCUGGGAAACCGUCCUUCAUCACCCGGUACCGGAUCCAGGAGGGCAGGAACGAUCCGGUGGACCCGGCCAAGCUGCGGCAGGCGGUUCGGACCGUCCUGUUCAACCAGGUGCUGGUCUCCGGGCCCAUGGUGGUUCUGGUCUACCUGCUGGUGAGCCGGACCGGCCGGCCCUGCGGCCCGGAGCUGCCCACCUUCCACCGAGGCCUGAUGGAGCUCGCCGUGUUCUCCAUGCUGGAGGAGAUUCUGUUCUACUACUCACACAGGUUGUUCCACCAUCCUAGCCUCUACAAGCAUUUCCACAAGCAGCACCAUGAGUGGACCGCUCCCAUCGGUGUCGUCUCCAUCUACGCUCAUCCUCUGGAGCACGUGAUCUCCAACAUGCUGCCGGUGGUGAUUGGACCCGUCCUGCUGGGGUCCCACAUCACCACCACCAGUGUGUGGUACUGCCUGGCUCUGGUCAGCACCACCAUCUCCCACUGCGGGUACCACCUUCCCUUCCUGCCUUCGCCCGAGUUCCACGACUUCCACCACCUGCGGUUCAACCAGUGCUUCGGCGUGUUUGGCGUUCUGGACCGGCUGCACGGCACCGACUCCCGGUUCCGGCAGACGAAGCAGUACGAGCGGCACACCUUGCUCACCAGCCUGACCCCGCUCACCCACAGCAUCCCCGAAACCCCCAAGAAGGGCCAGUGAUGACCUCCGACCUCCCCACUCAGCAGGUCCCGGUCAUUGUGGGAGCCUUAACCUUUGACCCCAGCGUUGGUAGCUCCUGCAGCGCUCUGAUUCGUUAACAUGUUAAUUAUUAGAUAAAGGAAAUGUUGACCAUCUCCGGCUGUAACUUUGUCAUGAAUCCAGUUAAUCGCUUCCAUUUUGUACUUCAGAUCCAAAACAUGCACAGUAUUUUCACAGGAACAUUAAAAUGUUUCAGAGUCACAAACA